AACUGCUGUAGUUUGCUAGCAGUCUGUCUGUCAGUUUGGUUGUAGUUCUAUGACGCUAUUUGGUUCAAUACCUGUCCGCGAAAAAAUUGAUCGAAUUUUGAAUUGUCUCACGAGAAUUUGAUGUAAAUAAUUGUUGAGAAUGGUAGGCGCCAGUGUUUGGUGACUCAAAUGCUAAGUGUAACUUUUCAGUAUUCACCAGGAUGGUGAAAUAAGACAUUUCAUGUACUGAAAAUAUCGAAGGAGUGAAUUUUGAAUCUGGCUUAUUAGUUGGUGUAGAAUAUUAUCAAAAGAACGUGAUUUAUUCCAAUUGCAGCAACUUUUCUCUCAUGUGCGUUCCUCAGGGAGAACGUAGCAGAUACGCCCGGUCUGAGUUAAUCCCAUGUCGGAGGUGUUGGUCAUGCCUCCCUCUCCGCGCUAAACGACGCCGCCGACGCCGAUCUCUCCCGACUCGUCCAUCGAAACACGCGCAAAGAUGUACGCCAGCAAGAAGACCUUCUUCAUCAAGGUGCUUCUGGUCGCCUGCUGCGUUUACUUCGGCGUCAUGAUCUUCGAGGGACACCGGACCGCCAACGAGCAACAGAUCGUCCCAGAGGAGGCGCCCGUCCAGGCGGCGGAGAGGAACCUCGAAGCCGUCGAGGAGAACCGCGCCGCCAAGAUGGAAGCGAGGGCCAUAAUACCGCCCGAUAACUCUCAACCCGCCGCCGAGCCGCAAGAACAGCCGCCGCCCCCGUCGUCGUCGGCGGUGGGCGGCGACGCGUCCACCCUCAAAGAACAGCCGCGGGCCGUGGUCGACGAGACCGAGACCGAGGACCAGCUCUCCGAGGAGGAUCGCAGAUACCGCGCCGUCCUGGAGAAGGUGAGGACGGUGACCGACUGCCUGGACAGGCCGGUGUUGCCGAAGACGCAACAACGCGGCGACUACUGGGUGUUGUACAACUACGUGCCGGCCGAGAGGUCGUUCAGGUGUCACGAGACGAUAACGUACACGACGCACGCGGACUACUCCUUCAUGGACAACCUGGUGCCGUUGCUCGACCACUGGAAGGGCCCGAUAAGCGUGGCCCUUCACGCGCCCGGCGCCGACUUCAAGAACACCCUCGAUUCGAUCGCCUACCUCAGGGAUUGCACGGAUCCUCUAGUCAGAGAAUUAGUUACCUUCCACGUCUACUUCAGUACGAAGCAUGUGCCAAAAGAGGUGCCCAAACACAACAGCGUGUUCAACGGUUUCUUCAACUGUUCCGUGCAGCCGCCCUACGCCAACGUGACCAACGAGCAGAUGUACAAGACGCAAAAGAACCUUCUCUAUCCGGUGAACGUGGGACGAAACAUCGCGAGAGAAACGGCCCAGACCCACUUCAUCCUGCCAUCGGACAUUGAGCUCUAUCCCAGCGCCAACGUCAUCCCCCAGUUCCUUUCCAUGAUCGCCGAGAACAAAGGUCCCCUCCUGUCGAAGAACCCCAAGGUGUACCCGUUGCACAUAUUCGAGGUGAGCGCCAGCUCGCAGGUGCCGGAGAACAAGACGGCCCUCCUGGAGAUGCUGCGCAACGGCACCGCCAUCCCGUUCCACAAGAAGGUAUGCCCGGAGUGUCACGCCGUGCCCAAGUCCAAGGAGUGGCAGCAGCAGAAGGAGACCACCGACGGCAGACUGCACGUGUUUCACGUCGGCAAGCGGAUCGGCAGGUUCGUCCACUGGGAGCCCAUCUUCAUAGGCACCCACGCCGAUCCGCUCUACGACGAGAGGCUGAGCUGGGAGGGAAAGAGCGACAAGAUGACGCAGGGAUACAUCCUGUGCGUGAUGGAUUACAACUUUUUGAUACUGGACAACGCCUUCCUGGUCCACAAACCGGGCAUAAAAGUGUACAAGAAAGACGCCAAGAGGGACAUGUUGGCUGGGAAGACCAGGAGGCUGAUCAAGAAGAUCAUCUUUCCCGAGCUGAAGGUCUUGUACAAGACGCGAAAGGGCUGUGCAGUUUGAGAAACUUACUUGGCUAUUUUUAAUCGUGCGAGAAACUUUCAGACGAAAAAGCAUCGAUCUUGGUAUGUUUGCUCUACGUUUUAAGCCGUGUAGGAGGACGAACAAAGAAAAAAGCCACCCUUACUAUUUAUUUUCAAGAAUUGUGAUUUAUUUUAUUUUCAAAACGAAUAUAAUAUGUGUAUAUAUUUUAAUAAUCGAAGAUUACGAAUAUCUCUGAAAGCUUCAACGAGCAUCUAAAAUCUUGUAUUUUGGAUCGAAAUGACAGAUGUGUGAGGUUCUCGGUGUCUUUCAGAUGAGAAAACUUGCGUUGAAAACAAAUCAGACUCUCAUAUUUAUAAAUAUAUGUUCCUGUUCGAAGAUGUCAUUCGUUUUAGGCCGUUGUAAAUAUGGCCUUCCUAAAACAGUGCCAUUCACAUCACGAAGCAUCCUAUUAUGAAAUUACUCGAGAUUAUUUUUUCUUCUUUGCCUUUAGGACUAAACUGAAUUUUCAGAACUAAAAUUUCGUUUCCUUCCAGACUUGUUCCUUUAUUUGGGAAAUUGUCUUGAAGAUCAUGUCUUAGUUGAUGUUUCAGAUGUUACAUUUUGUGCAGUUUUGUUUGCCUACUCCCCAUUAUCUUUAUUAUUUCUUCAUCAUUAUUUGAUAAUCUUGGAUGGACUCAAAUGAAUCAAAAACUCUUUCAGUUAUCGUUAAUUCAAUUGUAUCGAAACUUUGGCAGGGUUUUAAAAAUUCUGUAUUUAUCGAACGAUAUUUCACUUGCGUGGUAGCUAGCCUUAGAGAAAAUUUCAAAAAAAAGUCCUAACUCACUACCUCUCCUUGACUCGAUAGGACAUCUGCACAAAGCGAUGGGUGGACCAUUCUUCAACCGAUCCGGGGUGAAGUUGUUACGAAAGAACAAUUCUUUAGGUAUUAUUUAUUCCAAAAUGUGUCUAAUACUCAUCUUUCUGUACUUAAAAUAUUCGAAGAAGACCCUACUAAGUAUUUGUAUAUUUUUAUAUUGUCAUAUUUAUUAAGCGCUUUAUUAUUGUAUCAUAAUUUCUGAAUCUGAAAUUUUUACAUUAGCGUGUGCCUUAUCAGAAUCAAUGUGAUCAAUUACGGAAUAAUAUUUUGUACUAUUCGUUGUAGUAAAUGCAUCUGAAGAAUGAAAUAAAGAGACGAAAAAAAUUA